UCUUAAUAGAGAACGUUGUGAGAGAGCUGUCUGCAGCCAUCUCCCGCCUCAUCUAUGUUUACAGCAGAAGCUUUGAUACAAAUUUUCAGUCUGCAAUAAUCCCUAGCAGCCCUGUGUGUGCUGAUAUCAACUUGGAUUCACAGCUUGGCUUCAUUAUUUAUGCAGCCCAUAACAUCCCCGAAGUCUGGGUGAAAAGCUACAGAGCUUUUUCUUUUUUCUGUUCAUUAACUUAUGGUGGGAAGACAAUAUAUCAAAUGAGGAACUGCAAAAAUACACCAGUAAAAAAAUCAUUCUUUUUCUUGGCAAACUGGACUGAAAAGGUUACCUUUCCUCUUCGAAUCAAGUCUCUUCCACGGGAAACUAUAUUGGCAAUAAAACUAUAUGGGGUAAACUAUGCACCUCAAAAUACAGAAGUACUUGCUUGGACAUGUUGUCCCUUGUAUCCAAAGCAAAGGCUCAUUCAUGGAACUGUGUUGCUCAGCAUGGCAUUGUACAAUCACCUUCCAACAACAAUGCUCGCACCGGGUAUCUGUAACACAAGUUUGCCAGCACCAGUCACACUGCAGAUUGACUUUCCAGAAACUAAUUUGGACUUCAUUAAACCAGAGCCUGAGGAGGAAAGAAAUGACCUUGAAGAGCCAACUAAAGAGUGCCUGAAGCAUAUCAGACAGUUUUCACAGAAGCAUUCUCUCUUGCUACUCUCAGAGCAAAAGAGAAGAUUCUUAUGGUUUUAUCGUUCCUAUUGCAAUAAUGAAAAUUGCUCCCUUCCUUUGGUCUUGGGCAGUGCACCCAGCUGGGAUCGAAAGGCCAUCUCGGAAAUGUAUGCAGUGUUAAAGAAUUGGAGAUUUUCUAACCCUUUGGAGGCACUCGGGCUUCUGACUUUCAGUUUUCCAGAUCAAAACAUUCGCAGAACUGCAGUCCAACAAAUAGAAAAUCUGUCAAAUGAUGAAUUGCUAGAAUACCUCCCACAGCUAGUUCAGGUAAUUAAGUUUGAAUGGAGUCUUGAAAGCCCUCUAGUGCAGUUCCUUCUAAAUCGCUGUCUUCAAAGCAUUCAAGUAACCCACCAACUUUACUGGCUGUUAAAGGAUGCACAGAAUGAAGCUCAUUUCAAAGGCUGGUAUCAGAAGCUGUUGGCUGCUCUCCAAUUCUGUGCUGGCAAAACCCUGAAUGAUGAGUUUUCUCAGGAGAGGAAACUUAUCAAAAUUCUGGGAGGCAUUGCUGAAAAAGUAAAGGCUGCCACCAAACCAAGAAGACAGGAGGUGCUAAAGAUGGAAAUCAACAGACUUAAACAAUUCUUCCAGGAGGUAAAUGUUUGCCGGCUUCCCUUGAAUCCUGCACUGGCUGUACAAGGCAUAGAUUCAAAUACAAGUUCAUAUUUCACAUCCAGUGCUUUUCCAUUGAAAAUCUCCUUCAUCAAUGCAGAUACAGCAAGUAGAAAUAUCAAUGUGAUUUUUAAGAUGGGAGAUGAUCUACGUCAAGAUAUGCUAGUUCUGCAAAUUAUUCGAGUGAUGGACAGGAUUUGGUUUCAGGAGGGACUGGAUAUGCAAAUGAUCAUUUAUAGAUGUUUAUCUACAGGAAAAGGCCAAGGAUUGGUACAGAUGGUACCAGAUGCUACAACUCUAGCCAAAAUCCACAGGGAGUCCGGACUGAUAGGACCAUUAAAAGAAAACACCAUUAAAAAAUGGUUCAGUCACCAUCACCCUUUGGAAUCAAGUUACCAAGAGGCAGUAAGGAAUUUCUUCCAUUCCUGUGCUGGCUGGUGUGUUGUUACCUUCAUCCUGGGUGUCUGUGACCGACAUAAUGACAACAUCAUGCUGACAAACACUGGCCAUAUGUUCCAUAUUGAUUUUGGGAAAUUUUUAGGUCAUGCACAAAAAUUUGGAAGCAUUAAAAGGGACCGAGCUCCUUUCAUCUUUACUUCAGAGAUGGAGUAUUUCAUCACAGAAGGUGGAAAAAGCCCUCAGCGCUUCCAAGAAUUUGUGGAGCUUUGUUGUCGAGCUUAUAAUACAGUCAGGAAGCACAGUCAGUUGCUCUUGACCCUGUUGGAGAUGAUGCUGCAUGCAGGAUUGCCUGAGCUCAACAGCAUCCAGGAUCUCAAGUAUGUGCAUGAUAACCUUCGUCCACAGGACUCAGACCUCCAAGCCACAAGCUACUUUACCAGAAAAAUAAAGGAAAGUUUGGAGUGCUUUCCUGUCAAACUCAAUAACCUGAUUCACACACUUGCACAAAUGUCACUGACAGGCUCUGCCAAGCCUUCAGCUUCUGACAUUGUUCCCCGAGAUGCUGAGGUGCUGAAUACAGAGAGUUCAAUUGCAAGAGCCACCAUUUUAGGGAUCAGCAAAAAGUCUAACUCUCUGUAUCUAGUCCAAGUUGUACAAACCUGCAACACUACAACCUUUGUGGAAAAGUCAUUUGACCAACUUUCAAAACUUCAUGGCCACCUACAGAAGCAGUUUCCGUGGCAUUCUCUCCCAGAGUUCCCUCACUGGCGGCAUUUACCCUUUACAGAUCAAGGACAUAAAAGAAUGAAAGACCUGAAUCUCUAUCUUAAGCAGUUAUUGAGUGGACCCAGCAAAGUGGCUAAUAAUGAAUACGUACUUAGCUUUUUCCUGGAUGGGUCGAAAAGUGACACAUUGGAAGAAUCCUCAUUUGUUAAUCUGGGUCCUAAAUCUCCUGAUCAGAAACCUGGAGUACAGUUAGUUAUUACCUAUGAUGGAACCCGUCUGACAAUAUUGUUGAAACACAUGAGGAGCAUUCAUCUCCCAGAUGGCUCUCCCCCAACUGCACAUGCUGAAUUUUAUCUUUUACCAGAUCCCAAUGAAGUCAGUAGGAGGAAAACAAAAGCAGUUCCAAAAAGCACUGACCCUACUUAUAAUGAAAUUGUUGUUUAUGAUGCUGUAACAGAACUCCAAGGACGUGUGCUAAAGCUUGUUGUGAAAAGCAAAGGAACAUUUGUGGGAGCUAUUAACAUUCAACUAAACAGUGUCCGGUUAAAUGAAGAAAAGUGGUACCCAUUGGGGAACAGUAUAAUUUGA